GAAGCUGAGGUUGCUGCUGUCAGUUCCACUUCUUCCUCGCCAUUCUCAUCGUUCGCGCCCAUUUGCGUCGUUUUGGAGAAAAUCCCAUUUCAGGUCAUCUUCAGCAAGAAUGGCUUCUUCUCUAUCUGAUCCCAAAAUCAUCGAUUCCCAUUUACAUGUUUGGGCGUCUCCUGAAGAAGCGGCAGAUAAAUUCCCUUACCUUCCGGGAAAUGAACCCACUUUACCUGGGAAUGUCGAUUUCUUGCUCAAGUGCAUGGGAGAAGCAGAUGUUGAUGGUGCACUGAUAGUGCAGCCCAUUAAUCACAAGUUCGACCAUUCUCUAGUGACAAGUGUGCUGAAGAGGUACCCAUCCAAAUUUGUGGGAUGUUGUCUUGCUGAUCCAUCUGAGGAUGGAAGUGGGGUUAAGCAGCUUGAACGCCUUGUUUCAGAGGAUGGUUACCAAGCUGUUCGCUUUAAUCCAUAUUUAUGGCCAUCUGGUCAGAAGAUGACAAACGAAGUUGGAAAGGCAUUGUUCUCGAAGGCAGGAGAGCUUGGAAUCCCAGUGGGUUUCAUGUGUAUGAAGGGUCUCAGUCUUCAUAUUUCAGAAAUAGAGGAACUGUGCACAGAAUUUCCACGGACGGUUGUGUUGCUUGAUCAUUUGGCUUUCUGCAAACCACCAACGAAUGAUGAAGAGAGUAAAGCUUUCCCUCAGCUUUUAAACCUAUCCAGAUUCCCACAGGUAUAUGUAAAAUUCAGUGCCCUUUUCAGGGUAUCAAGGAAACCAUUCCCAUAUGAGGAUUUAUCCCACUCCUUGUCCCAAGUUGUUCACACAUUUGGUGCUAACCGCGUCAUGUGGGGCACUGACUUCCCAUAUGUUGUUCCUGAAUGUGGUUAUAAAGAAGCCAAAGAAGCUGCUUCUCUUAUUGCCAAUCAAGUGCCUUUAUCAGCUUCAGAGUUGGAUUGGAUCAUGGGAAGAACGGUUCUGGAGCUUUUCCCGGGUAAAUGGCGUGGAUGAGCAAUGUUGUUGACCAACUAUUAUUUUCUUUAAACAAGCCAAAAAAAAUAAAAAAUAAUAAAAAAAAUUAUUAUUUUCUUUUGCCGGAGCCUGGAGAUUAGUAAUUUGUGCUGUUGGUUGUAUAUUAUAUUGUUCCUUUUUUAAAAAAAAGAAAAUGCUGUAUUUCUCUAGAGAGAGAGAGAGAGAUUUAGGUGAAUGCCACUUAUUUGCGGAUUUAAUAGAAAAGUAUGGCGGAUGCGGGAAUAUAAGAUUACCAAGCUAAAUUUAUGAUGGAUGAACAUCACCUUCUAUUUGCCCGUGCAUCAUUUACUGA